CUCUUCAGGUUUCGUUGCCUAUCUUAAUCAAACCGAUCCCGGUUAGCUACGGAUCCUUUAUUCCUCCAGGAAGUUGAUACCGCAGGAGCCUUUCGGUUUUAAAAAAUAAAUAAAAAAAUAGAGUGCAUUUUUACAAACGUAAAUAACAUAAUAAAUACGCUAAAUAUUUGUAGAAGAGCUACUAAAUAACAAAGUACCUUAAUAAUAAAGUUAUUGCAUUUAUUAUAAAUAAAUAAUCACUGUGUGUGAUGCUGAGUGACUACAGUGUUUAAAUUUCUCGAGUGAGUUUUCUUUUGAAAAGAGGAAGCAAUUUGUUUGGGCAGAGAUUGCUGAUCCAGAGCCACUUUCUUGAAAAAAAAGUUUCUCAUCCGUAACGAAGAGGAAAAAAAAAGAAAAUGAAACCACCAUCCUAUAAUGCCGAAGAAGUGCAGCAAAUCUCCCAGGAACAGGGAGAGAGGAACGUGGCGAUGGCAGUUUGUGUCCAGUUGGCUGGCAGAGCGAUUAUCAGGGUAGUUUCGCGAUGCGAAGAGGCUCAAGAACGUGGCGACUUAGAUCUGUCAGAAUGCCAAUUAAUGCAAGUACCUGAUGCUGUUUAUCAUCUGAUGAGACACACCGAAUUAAAGAGGUGUGACCUAUCCGGAAAUGUUAUCACCAAAAUUCCACCUAAGUUUGCAGUCAAAUUUUCUCUGAUUACUGAACUGAAUUUAAGCCACAAUCAAAUGAGCAAAUUGCCAGAGGAACUUUCCGAAUUACAAGCUUUGGAAAGGCUCGAUAUUUCUCACAACACAUUUAUUAACCUGCCUUCUGUGACUUGUCGGAUACCGCAACUUAAGCAACUUCUUGCCAACAAUAAUUCCAUUAUUGAAGUCGACGUGGAAAGGUUGAAACUCUCUCCAUCCUUGGGAUUCAUCGACUUAAAAAAUAAUCCUUUAACGGAAAGGUUGCACGAAUUGCUCGGGGCUUUUAAUCAGAUACAGAUAGAAAUUUCGCCGCGACAGGUUGAAGACUGGGAAGAUCUGAAUGUCUGAGAUUUUCUUCUUCAAAAAAUAAAAGCCGAUUGGGGCUUCUAUUUAAAUAAAUCAAAACCUGACAGUCUCUGCUCUUGAUUUCUCAAAUCUUCAAGGCAAUAGACAGAGAAUUUUUUGUAGAAAUUAUAAUUUUAUACAGUGAUAUGAGCCAGAACCAGCUCGAAAGAUUUUUUAAAUAUUUUUCUUUGAUAAGACAAAUUUUAAGGAAUUAUUUUUACAAAUACGAAAGCUCAAAAAUAAAUAAAAUUUAAAAUUGAAUUUGAAGAUUUCAAGCUGGUUCCAAGAUCGAAAGAAAAGUGGAAUUUGGCGAAGAUGAAGGCCAAAGGAAACCACUGAUAAUUGUGAACUAACAAGUACUUAUAAAUUUUCAAUUAUGUACAUUCGACUGAUUUAUUACGUACAUCGCUAUUUCCAUGACGAGGCGGAAAACAUUUUUCCAUUUCGAAAAAUUAUUUUUAUUUUAUCAAUUCACAGGCUGUCUAUCUGACUGGGAAAUCUGAAAACCCGGGAAUUUUUCAGCGGAUAAAAACAGGAAAUUCUCAGCUGGAAGAAUGAAUUUAAACAAAUUUAAUUUCUUAAUUGGAAUAGGGAAUUUUUCAAAAGAGAAAAUUCUAAAUUGUCUCAUAGAAUUUCAAUAAAGAAGUACAAUUUUCAGUUUAGCACUAGGAAUUUCCGUGAAGAAUUGUCAUUUUUAUAUGGAACAGGGAAUUUUAUUAAAAAAUUACAAAUAAAAAAUUUUUAAUCGGGAAUUUCGAAUUAGGGUUUUGGAACAUUUUUUACAAGCCACGGGAAUUUCGCAAAGUUUUUUUAUUCUAAUUUAAAAGAAAUUUUUUUAUAAAUUUAAUUCAAAAUUAUAAUCAUUUUACAAAAUUCGAAACUUCAAAUCAGAAAUCUUUUUAAAUGUUUAGGAGUCUUUUUAAACCUUUAAAAAUUGUACAACUUUUUGUGGAAAAGAAUGUUAGUUCUGAUUUAUAAGAA